AUAUAACUUUCAGUUCAAGAAAUUCUUGUCAACUUUCUUGAACGAACAUUGCUUAGUAUAUUGUACAUUUUGAAUCCACAUGUGUGCGUUCAAGGUGGCGAAUUUAAGACCAAACAAUGCUCGGAGCACAAGGAGAAAUGAUCCAUUGGAGUCAAUCCUAUCGGGAUUUAACAGAGAGCAAGAAAUGUCAGAAAUGGUGUCAGCUUUGGCCCACGUGGUGGCGGGUAAUGUGAGCCAAGAGACGGCGCAGCCAGGAGAUAAUGGCGGUCGAGGUGGCGGAGCGGUGGGGAGUGGUGGUUCUCCAUCGUCUGCAUGUUCUUUGGGCGUUGGAGAUAAGAGGAAAAGGAAAGAGAAUAGCAGUCAUGAACAGGCUUCUGAAUCAGUUGCAAUAGUUUCCAGGGCUUAUAAUGAAACAGUAUCAGGUGCAGAAGGUCCAAGCACAAGAACAAGUAUCAUAACAUCAACAAAAGCAGUAUAUACAUAUUGCACUCCAAUAAAUGACGCUACAGAAUCCCAUGGAACAAGAAAAUACAGAGGAGUUAGACAAAGGCCAUGGGGCAAAUGGGCUGCAGAAAUUAGGGAUCCCUACAAAGCCUCUAGGCUUUGGUUAGGCACAUUUGACACUGCAGAGGGUGCUGCUAGGGCAUAUGAUGAGGCUGCCCUUAAAUUUAGAGGCAAUAAAGCGAAACUAAACUUCCCAGAAAAUGUUAGGCUCUUGCAAAUUCAAUCACCAGCACCAAAUAAACUUGUUUCAGUUUCUACUUCAACCGAACCAAUUGUUCACACUCAUCAAGUUCAAUAUCCCAUGCAGAAUAUGAACUACAGCUCACAAGUUUCGAUGAAUCUUGAUGACAUUCCAAUGCAGCCUGCUGGGAAUUUUUGGGAUCAGUUACUGGUUUCGUCUUCAUCCUCGUCUCUGUCUUCUUUUCCGCUGUUUUUUUCCGGCUACUUCGUGGACCAGUCAGUAUCGUCAUUGUCUCCUUGUGGAUUUGAUGGCAACUCUUUUCCAAGAGGUCAAAAAGCCUCUCCAAGUUCAUGGACCAUGAAUUUAGAAUGUCGUUACUGUCCUUGGCUGUCUGGACAUUGCACUACAAUUAGGCAAGAUUAUGGGAGAGGUGAUGGGUUCACUUACGACUUGUCUUGUGCCGUUCCAUCACCACAUUUACGUGGUGCUUUUUAUUAUAUUGUACUUUUUGAAUCCACGUGUGCGUUCAAGGUGGCGAAUUCAAGACCAAACAAUGCUCGGAGCACAAGGAUAAAUGAUCCAUUGGAGUCAAUCCUAUCGGGAUUUAACAGAGAGCAAGAAAUGUUAGCAAUGGUGUCAGCUUUGGCCCACGUGGUGGCGGGUAAUGUGAGACAAGAGACGGCGCAGCCAGGAGAUAAUGGCGAUCGAGGUGGUGGAGCGGCGGUGAGUGGUUGUUCUCCAUCGUCUGCAUGUUCUUUGGGUGUUGGAGAUAAGAGGAAAAGGAAAGAGAAUAGCAGUCAUGAACAGGCUUCUGAAUCAGUUGCAAUAGUUUCCAGGGCUUAUAAUGAUUUUACCAUUGGAGGUUCUGAAGUAGCAUCAGGUGAAGAAUGUCCAAGCACAGGAACAAGCGUCAUAACAUCAACAGAAGCAGUAUAUACAUAUUGCACUCCAAUAAAUGAUGCUACAGAAUCCCAUGGAACAAGAAAAUACAGAGGUGUUAGACAAAGGCCAUGGGGCAAAUGGGCUGCAGAAAUUAGGGAUCCCUUCAAAGCCUCUAGGCUUUGGUUAGGCACAUUUGACACUGCAGAGGGUGCUGCUAGGGCAUAUGAUGAGGCUGCCCUUAAAUUUAGAGGCAAUAAAGCGAAACUAAACUUCCCAGAAAAUGUUAGGCUCUUGCAAAUUCAAUCACCAGCACCAAAUAAACUUGUUUCAGUUUCUACUUCAACCGAACCAGUUGUCCACACUCAUCAAGUUCAAUAUCCCAUGCAGAAUAUGAACUCCAGCUCACAAGUUUCGAUGAAUUUUGAUGACAUUCCAAUGCAGCCUGCAGGGAAUUUGUGGGAUCAGUUACUGGUUUCGUCUUCAUCCUCGUCUCUGUCUUCUUUUCCGCUGUGUUUUCCGGCCAACCCACAGGCCCAGGGUAAUGUCCGGCCGGAGGAUUAUCGAAGAAGUGGAGCAGAAUAUUCUUCAACGCCAGAUUCAAGUCAUCAGACUUCUUCAGGAUGAUCUGAUCACAGCAGACUACUAUAUUGCAUCAGUUUCUUUGAUUUUCGAUGUGUAAUUUUUUAGCGUGAUUUUGUCGAUAUAUUUGAAGGGGGAAAAUGGAUAUAACGUGGUUUGAUAGAUCCAAGUUCUUGUGUAAUUGUUUACAAAAAUGGUGACACGCAACUACAGUUCAAUUCUCAUA